AGCUGGAGUGGGCGGAGCCACAUGGAGAAUGUGGAGACUUAAGUUUGGUUAAAGGGGUUAAAGAAAUGCAGAAACGCGUUUGAGUCGUCCUUUAAUAUUUGCAGUAAGUACGACUGAAUAAAAUGGCUCGUCUUGUGGAGUUUUGUGUUGAACCGGAAUAAAAUCAAGGCAGAUAAAAUGAAGACUUUACUUUCUUACGGGUUGCUGCUGUUUUUUGUCGGAGUGGCUCGAGGAGCUUCCUUUUAUGGCGAUGGAUUUGUGCAGUUAAAGGUGAAAGAUUCGACUCACUCCUCAAUCAACUCGCUCCACAUCCGCUUCCGCACAUCUAGUCAGAGAGGUGUGCUCUUCCUGGCUGCAGGGCAAACUGAUUAUCUGCUGCUGGAACUCAGCUCUGGCAGACUGCAGGCAAAGUUGGAUCUUGGUUCUGGCGAGCAGAUUCUACACUCCGACAAAGGGAACCCACUGAACGACUUGGCUUGGCACACAGUAGAUCUUAUUCAUGACCAAUUUAACGUAAACCUAACUGUGGACAAGCAUUUCCAGACCAGCCAGACACUUUUUGGCUCACAGCAACAACUGGAUAUAAGCGAUGGUUUAUAUAUUGGUGGUACAGGAGGUUUGGAUAAGGUCUAUCUCCCUAAUGAUCUCACCGGCUUCCGUGGUUGCCUUGAUGAAGUGCUGUUUAAUCAGAACAACCUCAUGUCAUCACUUAGACCAUACUCUGGCUUAAAGAAUGUCUAUGAGGUUUCUCUUGGAUGCAGUCCACAGUUCUUUGCUAAUGAAGAGGACGCAAUCAGCUUUUUCAGUUCCAGGGCAUACAUCUCCCUUCCUCCUUGGUCCACACAGCGAGAGUGGACUCUUGAAUGCUCGGUACAUACAUCAGCUCAAGAGGGAAUCAUUAUGUACAAUUCUGCUCGAGAAGGGGGCUUUGUUGCCAUGGAGAUUCACAACGGCUUACUUGUCGCUGUGGUGGGCAGAGACGGGAUGAGAAUGGAGCUGCGCUCUCUUACUUUUAUCAACGACAGGAAGUGGCACUAUGUUAAGUUUUACCUCACUUCUAAAAGCUUGCAGCUGACCAUCGAUGGAGAGACUGUGAAGUCUGGCAUCAAAUCCAGAUCAAAACCCUUGCAUUUGAAAGGUUUCCUUUUCCUCGGUGGUGUAGAUGAUGGCACACGCUCUGAAGUCAGAAAGUUUGGCCUGUCAUCAGUGGCAGGAAAGCGCAUUAAAGGUGGCUCUUUCAAAGGAUGUUUUAGAGAUAUUAAGGUCAAUGGUAUUUUAACAGGUCUCCCGAAUGCUUUGGUAACCAAAGACGUCUCAGUUGGCUGUGAACCAGAAAAGGAACCUCAGGUUAGCACCACUGAUGGGAGUCUGGUUUUUGAAUCUGUCACUCAGUUACCGUCUAUAGAUAUGUCCACGCUUGCAAAGGGUCUGGUUGCCGGACAUGGGCAAAAUUUUUUGCAGCUUAGGGACCUUGUUGUACCUGAGGGCGGUCGUGCAACAUUGGAAUCAAAACACAUCAAAGUGAACCUGGAUUUCAAGAAGCUCGGCAUCCGUCAGUCGCAGAUCAUGUUUAGAAUCGAAGAGCAGCCGGUGCACGGUCAGAUAAGGUUUGAUGUGGACCAGGAGCAAGAAGGGAAUACGUUCAGUAUGUUGGAUCUGUGGCAUGGCAGAGUCAUGUACAUCCAUGGAGGUUCUGAAGAUCCUCAUGACUACUUCAUGUUCUCCAUCUUCUCCAGUAGCAGAAAAGUGACACCAAGCUACCUCAAAGCAGAGAGGUUGUACAGAUUCAACGUGACAGUAACACCAACCAAUGAUGCCCCUGAAUUGAGUUUGCCUGAGGGAAAUCUAUUUGUUCUUCUUGAGAACUCUAGGAAGAGAUUAACCACUGAUGUGUUGAAAGCCACAGAUGUAGAUAGCAGCUCCACCGACUUGGUCUACUCUGUAUUGGGAAGUCUUAAUGCUGAUGCCGGAUUUUUGGAAACUGAAGAUAACCCUGGUCAGGCAGUCAAUUCAUUCCCUCAUUCAGCUCUGGAAGCUGGAAAAAUCAACUAUGCACACACCGGAGUAAAGAACUCAAGGAUAGUGUUAAGGGUUAGUGAUGGAGAGAAGAUAAGCAACACGGUGGUGCUACGAAUUAUGGCAGUUAAAUUGGAAUACAGCCUUUCAAAUAACACUGGGGUGGAGGUCACUCAAGGAGAAUCGUCUCUAAUAAACAAUACACGGUUAGCAAUUCAGACAAAUGCAGUAAGACAAGCUGUAGACAUCCGUUACGACGUCGUUGAGCCGCCACGGUUUGGAGAACUACAGAAACUUCAUUCAAAUGGAGAAUGGAAGUUCACCGAUUCUUUUUCUCAACGCAUUCUGGAGAAAGAUCGUCUGAGAUACCUCAGCACCUUUAAGGAUAUUCAGACCGCUAAUGUACCCGAUAACUUCAAGUGUAAGGUCACGAUCGCAUCAAAGGCAACAAAGGAACUGGUGUUUAAUAUAAAGACCAAAUGGAUACAUUAUACAUUGGAGAGAAAUGAAGUACUCAAAAUGGACAAAAUCAGGAUAGUUCCAAUUGAUUCAGAGCAUCUCUAUGCAAGGACACACGGCGUGGAUCUAACCGAAGAUCAGAUUUAUUUCAAGCUUCUGUCUUCCCCAAAGAAAGGGUUGAUUUUGCUGAACAAUAAAAAGUUAAGUGCUAAUUCUACAUUUAGCCAAAUGAACAUCACUAACAUGGAAGUGGAGUAUCAACUGAUCGAUAGACCCUACGAGAACACAAGUGACAAGUUUGAAUUUCAAGUGUUCAGCAAGCAUUCUCAUUCACCUAGUCAUGUAUUCAGGAUAAAUAUCAGAGCAGAUAUCAACAGCGUUUACAUAAAAAACAACGGACUUUCAAUUUCUGAAGGUGAAAGCAAACUUAUUACCAACAGUGAACUGUUUGCUGAGACUCUGAGCACUAAAGAAAUCUACUACACACUCACAGAGAUGCCAAAACAUGGCAAACUAGCGCGCAUCAAUCUGUCCAACUCAACCAAGCAAUAUGACAAUCUGGUGUCUUUCACCAACCAGGAUAUUAUAGAAGAGCGCCUCAUGUACGUCCACGACGACAGUGAAACAACUCACGAUCAGUUCAGAUUUACAGCCUCGACAAGUCAGCUGCUAAAGGGUCUUAUCAGUGAAGAGUCGGGCUCCAAAGACGGUGUCUUCAACAUCACUAUACAGUUAGUGAAUGAUGAGAAGCCUGUUCGAAUUGUAGACAAAGUGUUCCAUGUCGUCAAAAACGGACAAAGGCUGUUGACGCUGGAUGACUUGUGCUACCAUGAUGCAGACUCGGACUUCAGUGACGGGCAGCUAGUUUAUACUCGCCGCGGGAUCCCUAUAGGUGAUCUAGUGCUUGUCAAUGACACAUCUCAUAAACUCUACCAGUUCCACCAAGAGGACCUGGAACAGAAGCAAGUGUUGUUUGUUCAUCGUGGGAUCAACUCUGGCCGCUUCGUGCUUUUCGUAUCAGAUGGCAAGCACUACAUUUCAACGUUGUUGGAUAUCAGCGCUCAGGAACCAUACCUAAAGGUUGCCAACAAUACUGGUUUGUUGGUCCAAAAAGGUCAGACCAGAACAUUCAGCAUUGCUAAUUUUAGUGUGGUUACAAACAUGGAUAUCAGAGAAGACCGCGAAAUCACUUUUAAGAUCCAUGACGCCCCAAAACAUGGUGCCUUGUUCAUAAAAGACCAGAGAAUCGACUCUUUUACGCAGUAUGAACUAAAGAAUGCUUUGUUGUCAUAUCGCCACGAUGGCAGCAAAAAUUUGGCUGAUUUUUUCACGGUCAUCGUCAAAGCAAAAGGGUUGCAUGUGGAAGCCAGGAUCAGUGUAAAAGUUUACUUAGAAAGCCACCAAAAGCCACCUGUCUUACACAACAACAAAAUCUUAGUGGUGGACGAAGGAAAGCCGGUGAAGAUUGAACGUAGUAAACUUGAGGUUACUCAUGAAGCAAAUUUGCCCAGUGAAAUAAUCUUCACCGUUAUAGUUUCUCCAGGUUACGGAUAUCUGCGACGAUUUCAUAACAGUAAAGAACAGUUCCAGGGGAUUGAGCAGGACCCUUUAUUGACCUUUACACAGCAAGAAAUCAACAGUGGGAAUAUUCAGUAUGUCCAGAUAACGCCCGAACGGAUGAACGACUCCUUCGUUCUGGAAGCCAGCAACGGGGUAACAGAACUGAGUGGCAUCAUGAUGUCUGUAGAUAUCAUUCCUCACUACAUACCUAUGGAAGUUUCCAAUAUAACACUGAAAGAAGGAGCAUCCAAAGCUCUAACAGAAGACAUCAUACGAGUUACCAGUCCGCAUUUCUCUGGGCUCCACUUUGUGUACUACGUGUCAGACGGACCGAUGCAUGGACGCAUCGAGAACUCUCGUUUCCCAGGCACUCCAACAACAUAUUUUACCAGAAAACAGGUGGAGCAGGAGUUUAUCUACUAUGUCCACGACAACUCAGAGACAUUCCAGGACUACUUCACUGUUAUAGCCAAUGCCACGGAUCUCCGAAAACACAGCACUCCCAGGACAUUGUAUGUCCAAGUCACACCAGUCAAUGACAAACCUCCGGUUAUAACGGCCAACAAAGCGCUCAGGGUUUGGGUCAGCUCCAUAACAGAGAUCACUCCUGAAGAUCUGCAUGCGGAGGAUGACGAUACAGCUCCAGAGCAGCUACAUUACCUCAUCACUCAACCCAGUAACGGGCACCUGGCUCUGAAAAGUGCUCCCAUUAGACCAGUCAUGAACUUCACUCAGGCUCACAUAGAUCAGGGACAACUACUGUUCGUGCACAGUGGAGCCACGGCUGGAGGGUUUAACUUCCAGGUGAAUGAUGGCGUGAACUUUGCUCCGAGGCAGAUAUUCAGCGUAACGGCUCGUACGCUUGUCGUCCAUAUGGAAAGGAGCGGCCCGCUCAAGGUGUUUCCAGGCGCUUCAUCCUCCAUUUCAAAAGAGGUCCUCAGUGCAGCAACCAACGACAAUGAAGGCAAUUCAAACCGCACCAUUGUUUUCACCAUUGUUAAGCCCCCGAAAUUUGGAAAGCUGGUGACUGUGCAGGCAGACAGUUCUAUUACUGAGAUUUCUUCCUUCACACAGGAAAUGGUCGAUGAAGGUAAAGUGGCAUAUGAACAAACUGUGGACGCUGUCGGAUGGGCAGCCUCAGACAAGUUCACGUUCACGGUGUCAUCACCUCCUGCAAGCCUCGAGGCUCAGACCUUUGAUAUCGACAUCUCUUACGAAAAUGCAGGGCCUGAAAGAAACACGCUUCUUCUUAAAAACACAGGAGGUGUGGUAAUAGAAGGAGACAAAGUCAUCAUUGACAAAACAAUGCUGGAUGCAUCAAAUCUCCUCACCAAACAGCCAGAGUCUCGUCGCAACUCCUACGAUGUCUGGUACCAGGUCAAGUCUUUACCUCAGCACGGUGUCAUCGUUGUGGGUGAACGGAAUCUUACAAAGGAAAAGCCCUAUUUCUCUCAGUUUAUUCUGAACAAAUACGGAAUAACCUACCAGCACGACAACUCCGAGACCAUACGAGACCGCUUUGUCUUCAACGCUUUCCUUAACCUGAAGAGCAAACCUGCACAGCGUCCUGAGGAUGACCGUGAAGUGGUAGAGGAAACGUUUAACAUUACGGUCACUCCAGUGAAUGAUCAGCCACCUGUCCUAAAAACCAAAGCUCCAAGCCUCAAAGUUGUUCAGGGAGACACUGUAGCUCUCGGACCCAGCAACCUGAAUGUAGAAGACCUUGACAACUCUCCAGAUGAUAUCCAGUACUCUGUGAUCAGCAGACCUAGCAACGGCUUCCUUUCUCUCGCUGGAAGUCUAAACAUUUCUGUGGAUAGCUUUUCUCAAGCCCAGAUAAACAAGGGUGAAGUAUUCUUUAUCCAAGAUGGCAGCCCUGCUUCUGGGGUGUUCUAUUUCAGUGUCACCGAUGGUCAUCAUCGGCCAGUCUACAAACUUUUCAACCUAGAGGUGUUGAAGAUCGCCAUUUCAAUUGUCAAUAAAACAGAUUUGAUAUUGGAGCAGGGGCAAACAACAGUGGUGCUCAACCAGUCACACCUGGCUGCAGAGACUAAUGGAAAAAACACUACUGUCCAAUAUAAAAUAACUGCUCCUCCUAACUAUGGUAAACUGCUCUUGGACAACGAAGAUGUUACCCUUUUUAAUCAGGAUGAUUUGCAAGCACACAGAUUAAGUUACCAUAUGGUCAAUCUCGCAUCCUCUCAUGAUAACUUUGAGUUCACCGCCUUCACCUCGGAGGCAAACCUGACUGACCAGAUAGUUAACAUAACAGUUAAGCCUUUAAUUAGGUACGCAGAAGGUGUAAAGUUCUCAAAUGGAAUCCGCGUUAAGCUCAAGGCGGUCUUUCUCAACGUCUCUGAACUUGCUCUGAUUAGUGGUAGCGAUCCAUUGUUCGAAAUUCUGUCCCCACCAAUGUAUGGCAAGAUUUUAAAGGCUGGCACGGAGAAAAAAACAGAACCUACAAAUACAUUUUUCUUUAGUGAAUUACAGCAGGAAAAACUUACCAUCGAAUUAAAGGCCAAUCUAACCGAAGUUCAAGAGGUGAAAGACUCAUUACGAUUUGUCCUAAAAGCUGGCAAACUUCAACCUGCAAACGGGGAGUUCGUCUUUAGCAUCGUGCCAUAUGACCCUGCUCUCAUGACAAUGACGACAGCUAUCUCAUUGUACCCAAGUACUACUGCUUCACCCAGCCAAACCACAGCUAUGUUCUCUCUUCUCAUUUCCAAAUCUCCAUUAAUUCGGCCAUCAGACCUGGUCACCAAGGCAUUGCCAAAGUUCAAGGGCCGUAAUCGCUGGGGUAACUCGAACCUCAAUGAAUCACAUGCCACAACUAGGUUUAAACCAACAUAUAGUCAGGAAAUUGUUCCAGUUAGGAACCAACCAGUGAGGGUUGAGUCAGUGUCUGAGAGUAGCUCCUCUUCCAACCCCAUGCUCAUCAUCCUCCCACUGCUUGCUCUUCUGCUUGUGGUCAUUGUGGUCAUAUUGGCUUUACUACUGAGGCGAAAGCAGCAGAAAAAGAAAAAACAUAUGAAUGGUUCCUUUGCUUCUAAGUCCUGCCCUGAUAGUAGAUACUUUCAAGGACAUCCACAGAGGACUGCAACUGUUCCUUUAGUAACUGUAACCCCUCUCAGCCCAAGCAACCCUGGUAGUCCUGCUCUGAUGAGACCCCAGACAGGAAACCCUGCCUGUGGGCAGUCUCUGACUCUGUGCUCCUUUGGCAACAUGGAUCUUGACGCCACUCAGUUUUGCAGGACCACAAACCCCACAUUGCAGCACAAUCAGUACUGGGUGUGAGCCAAAACCUUGUGCACAAAGAUUAGAUCCAUCACAGUGUUUUUUUAAUUGAAGCUAUUUCACUAGUUGUCUGAAUCUUUUAGCAAGAUUGUGGAAUUUAGUGUUGAAGCAAGAGGGAAGAUAAGACAACAGCCAAUUUACUUGUUUGUUGCUGUAGCCCAUUCACAGUUGUGCUGCUUGGAUCAGCGCUAAAUCUAAUGAUGGUAGAUAUAACCGCUCUGGUUCAUUUGCACUCUGCUUUAAUCUACUUUUAAGGAAACUAUUAAACAAGCCAAAUGAAACAAAAUGAAACAAUUCAUUUAAACUUGCAGACAGAAGCCACCAACCUCCAUAACGAGAUGCGUUGUAAUUAACGAUAUAUAUAUAUAAUAU